AUGUCCAAGGCCCUAGCUAAAGCCUCAUCGCUGAAGCCUGAAAUCCGUCUCGCUCAGGCCGUCUCCGAGUUCGAAGCCGGUCUCACAGACGAGCAGAAGGCAAAGUUUCGAGCGCUGAAAUCGCAAUCGUUCUCAUCAGCACCUACCACGAGCGAUGUCAUGCAGCUGACGGCCGAGAUUGAUCGGAACAUGUCCGGGAGGUUCGGUGGCCAGUGUUUCGGGCCCCGAUUUACCAACUUCCUACAAGGAGUCCAGCAGUUUGCUGCACUUGGAGAUGUAGUAAUUGGGGGGUCACAAAGUCUGAUAGCAUGUGGUGUUUGGUCGUUAGUGCGCAUGUCGCUGCUAUCGAUCGUAAACGUGUCCAACUACAUGGACAAACUAUCCUCGAUGUUCAUGGAGAUUGGCCGUUCUGCGCCGCGCCAUCAAGAGAUAGCCUUGUUAUAUCCUCGGUCUACUAAGCUACAAACCUAUCUCUCCGAGUACUUCAUUGUAGUCGUCAGUCUCUGUCGUCACCUGUUCAAGCUCGGAAACAAGUCAGCGCUCAAGCAGUUCACAUCCUCAUUGAGCGACGGAGACUUGAAGGCGUUCCAGAACGACCUCAACACCUGGGCGUUAUCAAUCGAAAAGGAGAUGCAAGUAUCUGAAGCCCAAGAAAGUUCGGGCUUUAGGGCUUUAUCCCGCUCCAUGUUCAAGUCUGCAUCGCAUUACCAGAAGCUCGCUACAAAAAACCGGAUACUCAACUUGUGCUCUACAUUCGACCACGAAACAGCCUGGAAGCAAACGAGAAAGCUUGGAACCACGUCGAAAUUCAAGGAUGAUACUCCAAGAUACCAGGAAUGGAGAGAUCGAUCAAAUUCUUGCACUCUGGUCUUUACGGGUAAACUGGGCUCAGGCAAAUCUGUGCUCCUGGCCAACAUAGUGGAUGAUCUCAGCCUCUAUCACCAGGAAGAACGGACCAUGAUAGCCUACUUUUUCUGCCGGCCUGAUGAGCCGGCAAGCCUGAAGGCACGCACAAUUGUGGGCUCAUUGGCACGGCAACUGUUGCAAAGUGUCCUCGAUUUCAGUUCAGUCGCAGAAAGCUUCGUCGAUACUAAAGCCAUCGAUAACAUCGAACAUGUGCUACAGAUCCUCUUCGAAUGCUAUCCACACAACCGCAAAACCUACUUCAUCAUAGAUGGACUAGACGAGUGCCAUGACGAAGAGAGAGAGAUGUUGACGGAAGCUAUCAAGAAGGCCCAGACAACACUCAAAAUGCUGAUAUGUGCGUCAUUCAGAGACCGGUCAUACGAGCGUUUGGAGUCGUUCGCCUUCAGUUUCGUUACCCCUUUUGCCGUCCACAUGCCAGAGAAAAACCCUGAGAUUGGAGCCUUCAUUGAAGCAGAGCUCUCACGUUGUCUGGAGACGGGACGCCUGACGAUUGGAGAUCCCGCAUUGAUCUUGGAGAUUCAAGAUGCGCUUCUCAAGGGCUCGCAAGGAAUGUUUCUCUGGCCGUCUCUUCAGAUCAAGUCUUUGUGUAGCAUGAAGACUGAUCACGCUAUCCGGAAAGCUCUAACAGAACUACCCCAAGACUUGUCACGGACGUUUUCUCGAAUCCUGUAUUUCUCGGGACGCUCAGAUCAAUUGCUUCAGGCGAAGACGUUGCAAGUAAUAAUGGCCGCUCGUCGACCCAUAAUGAUCUAUGAGUUAAGAGAAGCGCUCAGCGUUACUCCUGGUGAUGCAACAUGGGACCCGUCUAAGAUGUUGAAUGAUGUCAACUCAGCGCUGAGUUGCUGCGGAUGCCUUCUGUCUGUGGACGAGGAAGAGUCAACCGUCCGGGUUGUUCAUCAUAGCGUCCGAUACUUUGUCCUUAUGAGCUUUGAAGAAUUGGAGUGGACAACCGUUCCAGUCAAUAAUGUACAGAAUGCUCUGGCGGACAUUGUGGUAACAUACCUCGGGUACAAUGUCUUCGAAACACAGCUAUCGAAGGGCAACGUCCGUCCGAUCCUGGCCCACUCAGCACCGUCUGUCAUCUUGCAGAGCACUAUGGAGGCUUCGAGUGCGCGUCGUCAUCUAGCCAUGAAGCUUCUUGCCAGUAGAAAGCAAACUGCACUCGAUCUGAGCAAGACAAUUGCAGAAGUGCGUGGCCGUCCCAACAGUGAACCAGACGUCCCUUUUAAAUUCUUUGACUAUGCGAAGACGUACUGGACGGAUGAUAUCUGGUAUGUUUCCAGCAAAAAGGACAAUAUUUUCGCACUCUCUGUGAAAUUAAUCCAGAGUAGAGCCUCGGAGUUGAAGAAAGACUCUCAGACUGUAGGCCGGUGCCUCUGGGCUGUUGAGUUUGGGAGCUUGAAGCUUGUCGAGCUGAUCUUCGAGAUGUAUCAGACUAGUGAAGGCGGGCUUCGCUUCACGCCACUAACAUGGGCAAUACACGCGAGAGAUAGGAAGGCUGUUCUGACAAUCAUCCGAGCUGGAGCCGAUGUGAGUGGGCGCAGGGCGUCUGGCGUGCUGCCACCGCCGCUGAAUGUAGCGGUAAAGCUAGGCUACAAGGAUAUGGUCGAGCUACUGCUUAAUACGGGCAAGGUUAACCUUGGCGCGAGGGAUGUGUCGGGGGAAACUGCAAUUAUCCAAGCAGCUUUGUGUGGGGAUAAAGACAUAGUGGAGCUGCUGCUACGAUACGAUAAAAGGGAUGUCAACGCCCAAGAGGCUAAAGGGGCGACGGCGCUGAUGUUAGCGGCAGGAAAUGGACACAAAGACGUGGUCGAGCUGCUGACCAAAAUCGGUAAGGCUGACCCUCGCAUGGAAGAUAAGAAAGGGCAGACGGCAUUGUCAUACGCGUUGGCACAGAAGCACAGGGAAGUAGUUGCCAUGCUUAAGGCAUACGUUGCCUCUCUAGAGGACACGCCAUCUAAAGUAGAUAACCUACACGGGUCGAGCGAGGACGAGAGAUAG